GCAGGCAUAACCAAGAUGGCGUAGUAUUCGACGCACUAACUGAGAUACAGGUUUUUGCACUUGUACUGUCUGCUUAUAAUUUAGAAUUUCUUUAGUUAACCUGAAUAUUGUUUUCAGGAUUGUAGUUCUGAACAAAUUGCGUGAUCUAAAUCUGUAUGAUACGCAUCACGCAGUUCUAUAAUAUGGAAAAAUUCUUAGUUUUCCCGCGCGUAUUUUGAUGCUCAUUGAACACUUUAACGGAUUUUUUUUAGCACCAUUUAUAUCAUAUUUUGUAUUUAUAGCGAUAAUACAUAUCACAAAUAGAUAGUUUUAGUCAACGUAUAAUUACGUGAGUCGUAUUUAAUCUCAUAUUCUGAAUUCUGUAGAAAUGGAUCUGCCUUGUGAUUGGCAGACCAACAAACAAAGACUUUCAGAACGCAGUCAAUAUUUAUUAGAGACAGGACAAUGGUCUGACUGCAAAUUUGUAGUUGGGCAAGAACCCCAUCAACAAACAUUAAAGGGACAUAAAUUAUUUUUAGCUAUGUCUAGCCCUGUCUUUGAAGCUAUGUUUUUUGGGGGUAUGGCAGAAAAAAAUGACCUGAUACCUAUUCGAGACGUUCAACCAGAAGCUUUCAAAGCUCUUUUAGAAUACAUAUAUACAGAUCGAGUUGAUUUAAGUUCUUUUGAACUAGCCUGUGAAUUAUAUUAUUGUGCCAAAAAAUAUAUGCUUCCUCCUCUGGUAAAAGAAUGUACAAAGUAUCUAUGUUCUGACCUGUCUCCAAAAACAGCUUGCAGAGCAUAUGAAUUUGCUAGAUUAUUUGAUGAGCAUGUACUGAUGGAAAAGUGUCUUCAAAUCAUUUGCACAAAGACAAAUGAAGUUUUAAAAGAACCUAAUUGGGAAGAAGUUGAAUUAGGAACAUUAUUGACAGUGCUAGAACAAGAAGAUUUACAAAUAAACUCUGAAGUGGAAUUAUUUAAUGCAGUGGAACGUUGGGCAAAAGCUGAAUGCACAAGAAAAUCUCUUGAUCCUAAUGAUGGAAAGUCUUUAAAGUCAGUAAUUGGUAAUGCAUUAUCAAAAAUUAGAUUUUUAAGUUUAAGUGCUCAGGAAUUUGCAGAAGGGCCAGGAAUGUCACCGUUACUUACUCAAGAUGAAACUUUUGCAAUACUCAUGAACACACUAUGCACUGGAAAUAAAGCACCUAUGCCUGAAGGAUUUUCAACUAAUUCACACAGUAGAGUUAACAUAUAUAAACCUCCAGUUACACGUACAAAUUGUUCCAUUAGGUUUAAGCCAGUUAAUCCAUGUUAUAACUCAUUUAUGUCACAUUGCUGGUCUUUACCAACAUCUACAUAUCGUGAACCUGUUUUUAUUAAUGAUGCUGAAUCUAGCAGUACAUUACGAAAUACACCGCCAACAGUAAUUGAUAGUGGAGUAAGAAAGGAUGCUGAAAAUUUAUCUGUAAUUGAAGGUGGUAUACAAGAGGGAUUAAAAUAUUAUUGUCUAAGAUCUGUUAUUCGAUUAACAGAAUGUCUUAAUGCAAAUGUGUUGGACUGUUCCGUGACCUUUAGUGUAGACAAAAAUAUUUAUGUAUUAGGUGUACAAGUACCUACACAGAUGACUGAAGUAACUAAUGACUUGAAUUAUCCUCUUAGUAGUACUUCAUAUACCGAAAUUUUGUAUGCUCAUCUUCUCGAUUCUGAUAAUACACGAUUAACUUACACGCACUUUUCGACAAAAGUAAAAAUUAAUACCCUUGUGGAAAUUACGUUUAAUCGACCUGUUUAUAUACAAAAGAAUAAGGUUUAUCGAGUUGGGGUAGUUUUUAAUACACUUGGGUGGUAUCCAAUUGGACUUUGUACCCAAGAUAUGACCUGUGAUUCUGUAUCCUUCUCAUUCGGUGUCGGUAAUAGUGCGGAUAAUGUGCGAGAUGGUCUCAUUCGGUCUAUAGUUUUUACAUACAAUGAUAAUAUGUAAUACGAAUAAUAAAAUUGGCUGGCGUAAAAAUAAAUUUAAAUACGUACAUUAAAUUUUAAUAACAAAACAGUAUGUUUUAUUCUGUUUUAUACUAUUGAUGUAUUAUUGUAUCUCUCAAAUUAUGUCGGUGCUAUUAUUAAAAACUGUACAAAGAUAUAUUCACAUA